AUGAAUCAAAGAACUCUAACACCUAAUCACCCUCAAAUCACCCGGCUCCCACUGGCCAAAUUCUCCCAUACCACUACGACCAUUGAUCACGGUGGCCUCUUAUCAUGGAAUCAUAUCAACAGCACUGGAGAUCUUACCUGUAUUCUAGAGUUACUGGCUGGAGGUGGUGCAACUCUGCCCAGAUUGGUCAUAAGGAUUGCUCGGAACGAUGGUAUUCUGGAACAACUGGAUUUAUCCCAUUUCUCCCACAUGCUGGCAGCUCAGAGUCAAUCUGGUCAAAGUGCUCUGCAAGCAAAGGCUCCUUUUGCUGUGGUAGUUAAGUCGCCCUGUCUGGCUGUCAAGUACCCUCAUAGCAGUACGCAUAUCCGUCGCUUCCAAAUCAAGUUCUGCCAGAGUACCGACUACUUUACAGCCCUGGCUCUUCUCAGUCAGGCUAACUGCCCAUUCACAGAAGGAAGCACGGCCACACAACCACCAGGCAGACCUCCCACAGCAUCAUCAUGGGCAUCUUUCCAUGUUCCAGGGGUAGCCUCAAAUGCAGGAAGUACGACCAUAACUUCGGACAACGAAACCACAGUGCCCUACUUCCCGAUGCCAGGUUACAUGCCCAGUGGACUAACAACUCCACAUCCGCCAUCUUCCUCAUCAAGUACAAUGUUCAAUCUGAUAACUCAGAAUGCGCAAGCUCAAUGCCUAGCCGGGCCUACAGAUGUUCAACAACUAAAGAAAAAGCCCGCGAAAGCAUCCGCAAAACAAAAGGCUUCAGGCAAAGCUAAUCCCCGUCCCGCAACGGCUCCCGCUUAUCAUGGUCAACAACUGGAUGAAAUGCUUCCUCCUAGGAGGGAUCUCCCAUUCCUCAAGUCGAGUCAGAAGAAGUCACAGAAAGAAGAAAAAGAAGGAUCCCAAGCAUCGCAGCUGUCGCAGGCUACACCUACAGAACAGAUAAUCGAUGUAUCUAGGAAUCAACAAAGCGUCCUACCAGUCAAUCAAACUGUACCAGUCUGUCCUGAGUCCCAAGUCCCUGAUUCCCAGGUUUCAGACUCUCAAUCUCAAUUCAUCGCUCCAACACAGCCUUACCUGGACCCUUUUUGCCCAGCGCCAUCAUCCCAGAGACAGGAUACCCAGCUUGGCAAAUAUCUCAGUCACGGAUCUACCGAGCAACAAAAUGUCGUAUCUGGCGUUGAAACGAUUCCAUGUAGCCAGGAGCUCGAUGAGGACGUUACAGCUACUACAGACAAAGGGUCGAAGUCGGCCAUUCCUGAGGAUCAACUGUCGGCCUAUCUAUCUGCGCCAACAGCAGAGAGGGUUGCACUCUUGGAAAAUUGGAUGUGUGACUUGAUCGAAGACGACAAGUUCAUGGUCUUGUGUCAAGAUGUUGAGUCGACUUGGAAACGAUUUGCGUUUGGGAUGAGAGAGAAGGAUUAA